UUAAAUCAGUUUUGAUACGCUGCUUAAAAUCAAUGUAUUGCAGAUACCAAUUAUGUAAUGUAUGUGAACUACUUUCUUUCCAUUCACUGCAACCAUCCUCGUUGAUACGAAUCGAAGCGUGGUUUAUCCUCUGGCGACGGAUUGUAUGUAACUAUGAUGCAAUUUGAGGCGCCUGGAUUUGUAAACAGAUGUGGAUCUACCAGUUCAUCCUCAAACUAUGACCACGAAACCAAUACAAGCUCAAAAAGUUCGACACGAAGCAGUAGAAAAAUGCCAUCACCAGGAGCGAAUGGUCGAAGAACAGCAGAUCUGAUUUUUGAAACUCAAGACGCUCUUAUUAGACUGACAGGGCCGGUUAAGGGGUUAGUGAACAACUAUCCGGCGAAGAAUGGCAAGCCGUUCAAGACUAACGGGGCCAUUAUGUCCAACUUCUACUCAUCCGAGUUUAACGGGGGAGUUCCAGACUACGAUAAUGUGAGUGACUUUGUACCGGAGGAAAUGUCGGUCACUUCCCAGACUUCGAGCCAAACAGCAGAUGAAAAUCCAGGUAUGAUGCGCCGCCUUUCAACCAGUAUAUCAGAAUUUGCCUCAGCCAUCACAUCAGGGACGUCUCGGGAUUGGAAUUCACAAGAUGAAGGAACAUCGACCAGUGAAAGCAAUGCUAACUCGUUCAUGAACUACAGCAAAUCUCCCACUUCAGAUCUAGAUGAUAGAUCAACUAGCGAGAAAACACCAGUAAGUUCCAAAAAGACUGAAAUCGGAGGAUCUGGGAAGAAACGACUCUUGACUGAGUCGUCAUCACGCAGUACUGUGUUUGGUAAUAACUUCGAACUCGGAAGUGACGAGGAAGGAGAUGAGGAUGGUCAUGAGCCCUUAGAGAAUGUCUCUGGUCAUCACAACCCGUUUCUAAACGAGAUCACAUACGUACAUGAUUUCUACGACAGCGGAAGCGAGGCAGACAGAAAUCACUCAGGCAUCAUAUCGUCUUCAAAUCCUAUCAGAACUUCUACCAGUUAUGUCGGAAUGCCUCAACACACUCCGGAAAAGUUCCACUUAUCCAACUCCUACUCCUCUUAUGACCUGAGCCUAGAGCUGAAGAACAGACGCAGGUCCCUGGAUAUUGGAUUCACAGACGGCUUCUUUGCCGAGCCCCCCAAGAGUCUGAACUCUUCUACAAGUGGGGGAAGUGUGAGCACGGACAGGAAGGAGCAGCUGUUGCAGGCCAUAGGGCAGUGCAAAAAGAUGCUCAAACAAAAUCAACAUGACGAGAAGCUGAAAGAUAAGUUCGGCCACCAGUUGGUAAAGCUGCGCUUGCUGCUGCUAGAGGAGACAGAUUCUAAGCACGAAGAACACGUUAGGAAGCUAAAUGGACACAAAUUUGUACAGAGUGCCACCCGCGCGACCUCAAGGGCAGUGUGUGAAUACUGUAGACAGCUGCUUAUUGGUCUGAUGCAUAGCUGGUUCGAGUGUCUUUGCUGUGGCUACAAAGCCCAUGACAGGUGUCUGGAAGCAGUGGGAAGAGUAUGUCCCUCGGUGCGUCUGGAGGAGUCGAAAGAGUACUUCUGGAACAUCUGCAACAGUCCAGGACUCGCCAAGCAGAAUUUCAGGUGCGCCGAGUGCAAGAACCUCAUUGGUGGAACUUCUGUCACUUGCAAUGUGAGUGGCAGUACUAGCAGUCUAGCCUCAAACAAAAGCAACGGAUCAGGGGGAGGGGAGGCACUGUUAUGCGACUAUUCUGGAAUGUAUUACUGUAACCAGUGCCACUGGAACGACCUCAUGGUCAUCCCGGCCCGAGUUCUUUUCAACUGGGACUUCAGGCCAUACAGGGUGAGUCGGUACUGGUUCGCUUACCUACAGAUGGUGUAUAAAAGAGCCAUCAUCAACAUAUCCGACCUGAACAAAUCUCUCUACAACCACAUCGAAGAGUUAGGAACCGUGAAUAACAUGCGCAAAGAUAUCCUCAAGAUGAAAAGUUAUUUCAUUGGUUGUCGCAACGCAUCCUCAAAACGACUCUUACUCCUACUUCAGUCUCGUCAACAUUUUGUAGAAAAUUCCGUCAUGUACUCUUUACGUGACCUUGUUGACCUUGAGAACAAGACUCUUCUAACGACUUUGCAGAAAAUAUACGAUUUGUUUUCAAACCACAUUCGUCGUGAUUGUGAAAUCUGUAAGAACCGAGGCUUCAUUUGUGAGUACUGUAAUUCGGGGAAGAUAAUUUUCCCAUUUGACGAUGACGUUUUUGUGUGCCCUAAAUGUGAGUGUACUUACCACGAGCGGUGCUAUGACAACAGGCGUCGCGACUGUCUCCGGUGCUCAAGGCGACGUGAGAGAAAGUCAACAACUACCACAAUUAUUUCAGAGGGCGAAUUAGAUGAUACCAAGUAGCGCUUCUCUCUUUAACUCUUCUGGUUCCUUCUGAUCAUUAGUCGUUACCGUGUGAUAUAUUGCUCUCAACUUACCUCGACAAAGUGAAUUUAUAAUAUACUAGUAAGCGUUAACUUUUCUGUGCUAUCGUUAAAUUUUUUCAGUUAAUUGUAAUUGUGAUACUAGUUAGGGUUAUAUAGAUAAUUCAAAGUAGAUUCUGAACCAUAAUUUGUCGUAUAGAAGCCAAAUUAUAUCAAGAUUAUAUUCGGCUAUUUAGAGUAAAAUUGACUAAUUUUAAUUUCAA